GCAUUGGUUUCACUUUCUCUUCCUCAGAAAAAGCAUCGCCUCUGUUUUGGUUUUAUUUCCCCUCUGUCCUUUAACCUUAGCUGUUGUUGUUCGCCACUUCUACAUGCAGCGGUAGCCUAAUUAUGGAUGAACGAAAUAAAUACAGCUUCAAUGGCCAUGGCUUCACCGGCUUCACCACCUUCACAAUUGAACCAGCUCCAGCUACUUCAGUCCAAACUCUUUUGGGCAUGGCAGAGGAUUCCAUAGGUGAUCUCAGCAUAGCUACAAACUUUAGUCCAAGAAUGAGUAGGAAGAAAAAAACUCAGUUUAGGCCCAUAUCCUUAGGAUCUCGACCUAAGUUGGAAUGGAGAGACGUGGAGUGGACAGAAGAGCAAAAGACGAGCCUGAUGAAGACCGUCAGCUCCUACAGACCGAGCUGUGAGGAGGUGACUCAGGCUCGGAUUCUCCUCCUGGGCCCGCUCAGCUCUGGAAAGUCCAGCUUCGUCAGUUCAGUCCAGUCUGUGUUUAAUGGAAGAGUCACCAACCGGGCCAUGGUGGGCUCCUCCUCGACCAGCUUCACCAAGAAGCUACAGUCAUUCGACAUCCGUGGUAAGAACGGAGAGGAUCCUACAGGACUGGUGCUGUGUGAUAUUAUGGGCCUGGGGGAUGGAGAGAUGAUUGGACCAACCCUCCAUGACAUCCUGUCUGUCAUUAAAGGCCAUGUACCUGAGGGACACAAGUUUAGCCCAGAUCAGCCAGUGAGGUCUGAGACUCUGGGCUAUGUGAAGAGGCCAAGCCUCAAAGACAAGAUCCAUUGUGUGGCCUUUGUGGUGGAUGCCUCUAAAAUCCUGACCUACCCCAAAGGCCUCAGCACCACCUUCCAGCAGCUCCGAGAGCACAUCAGUGACCUGGGUGUUCACCAGGUGGCUCUGCUGACUCACAUAGACAAAAUUUGCUCAGAAACGGCCAAAGAUGUCACCCAGGUUUACAAGAGCCGCAUCAUUCAGGACACGAUGGGUAAAGCUGCAGCUCUUUUGGGUAUGUCCACCUCCUACAUUGUCCCAGUGAAGAACUACUCGUCAGAGUUGGACGUGGAUGUGAACACUGAUGUGCUUCUGCUUAGUGCUGUCGACCACAUCCUGCAGUAUGCUGACCUGUAUUUCCAGGACAAUACACCACAAUACACAGGGACAAAGAUAGACUAAAACAUUCAUUUCUGAGCUUUUGGGAAAUGCCUUUUAAACAACAUUAAGAAAGUCAUCAUUCACAUCAUUCAAAAUGUUUCUCUCUUAUGUUUUUUACUAAAUUCUAAUGGACAAAACUGUAUAAUUCAGAAUAAAAUCAGAAGUCUGUAAUAUCUUA